CGUCCAUUUAACCGGCUACGUCCCAACCAAGUCCCAAUCUUUGUCAUCAAGCAAGAAACGAGUCCAGUCAAAACAUUACGCCUAACGCCUGCGCUGCGCACCUUCCCCUCCUUCCCACCCCUUUUUAUUACCUUCUUUCUCCCUCUCUCGGUGUCGGUCGAAGAGCCUCCGAUUAUUCUUCGAACCCAGAACUCGAAGUCGAAAAUCAAGACAUGGGUUUUUUGAAGGAGGAGAAGUCGAAGAGGGUUCUGAGGGGGGUUAAGACUGUGUUUUUCUUGAUUACUAUGUUGAUUUCUCUGCUGCUGUUUUCGGCUCCGAUUCUGCUUGUGAUUGCCGAUACGCUUCUCCCUUCGGCUAUUCUUUCUGCAUCUUCGUCUUCUUCUUUGAUUUCUCUUGAAGCGCUGUCGUCCCAUUUCAAUAACUACGAUUUUCGAUCCUCCCUCGUCGAUAUUCCGUUGAUUUCUAUCAUCAGAUCAGCUGUCAUAUUCUGCGUUUACAGCUUCUGCGAUGGACCAAGACUAUCACACGGACCGUAUUUGGGGAUCACCACCAUGUGUUCUGUGCUGUCCCUGGUGUUUGUUUCAUUGAAGGCUUCGUAUGUGUUUGGGGCUUCUGGUGUGGAGAGGGCGGAGUCUGUGAGAGCAACAGAUAUUGCUCUGUUCAUCUGCUCUCUGGCUUUGGCUGUUGGGCAUAUUGUGGUGGCGUAUAGAACAAGUUGCAGAGAAAGAAGGAAGCUUUGGGUGUACAAAAUUGACAUUGAAGCUGUUUCAGCUUGCAAAAAUGGGUUCCCAAGGUACCAGAAGCUUCUGAAAGAAGAAAGGGUGAAGUAAAUUCACACGACAUGUGAAGUUAUUUUUAGCCAAUCCCAAUCUUACGGGUCAUUCAGCUACAGAUUUGUUAAUUAAAUAGGAGAAGGUAUAGAAGCAGCCCCUUCAAUCAACAUCAUGUUGUGCAAAUGGAGGUUGUGCGUAGAGAGAGUAUAGAGGUGGUUUCCACUGCAGCAAAUACAUCAUUUUUUUUGGUUCUUUUCAUUCAACAAUUGUACAGUUAAAUUUGUAUGUAAAAGGCAUAAUAUUUAUGAAACUAGCCGAAGUUUGUGAUGUU